CGAAAAGUAGUUUUCCUGCCCUACUUCUCCAUCAGCGAAAACUACUGUCCGCCUUAGCCAGUCUCAACCUCGCCCUACCAGCUCAACCUACGAUACGCCAUCUCGCCUACGGUACCUGCCCGAGAAGGAUAAUUCAAGAUGGCGACCGAGUUGACCGUCCAGUCGGAGCGUGCUUUCCAGAAGCAGCCUCACAUCUUCCAGAACUCGAAGACCAAGACCAAGUCCACCCGACCGGGCAAGGGUGGCCGACGAUGGUACAAGGACGUCGGUCUGGGUUUCCGAACCCCCAAGACCGCCAUUGAGGGCAGCUACAUCGACAAGAAGUGCCCCUUCACUGGUCUCGUCUCUAUCCGUGGCCGUAUCCUGACCGGUACCGUCGUUUCCACCAAGAUGCACCGAACCAUCAUCAUCCGCCGCGAGUACCUUCACUUUAUUCAGAAGUACUCCCGAUACGAGAAGCGACACAAGAACGUUGCCGCCCACGUUUCCCCCGCUUUCCGUGUCCAGGAGGGUGACCAGGUUACCGUUGGCCAGUGCCGACCUCUCAGCAAGACUGUCCGCUUCAACGUCCUGCGUGUCCUGCCCCGAACCGGCAAGUCUGUUAAGAAGUUCUCCAAGUUUUAAGUUGGGACUAUCCUACCUUCUGGCAUUUUUUCGGCGUGAUAAGCAUCAGGGCAAAUGGAAAGUUUCCCCUGAAGGGUCGGGCACCGGAUAUUGCGUUGCAAAUGGUUGUGCUAUAGAUGCAAUCGCGAAUAAAAAAGGAUUCACGAAGACAAUUGUUUUGGGUUGAUGGUUCAAUCGGGCGUGAUAUGGCUAGGAAAAGGGUCGUCAUGAUCUCAAGAUUACGUUCAUACCUUUGACUAUUCACCGACCAAAAAAUGCCAGUGCUGUGAGGAGCUGAUGAUUUGACUUGUGAGAUGCCGUUGCGUCUGUGAUGAAGAUCUCAUUCAUGAUGGAUAGACACGGCUCCAGUCUUGAGGUGUCAUUCCACUUCAAAAAUAAAAUAGCAACGACAACUUAUGACC